UGUAGUGGGUGCUGCUGCUGUGCUCUCUCUGCUGGAAGAGAACGUGCAGCUCAUUCCUGAGAUUGCUCAUUCCUGGGACGGAGAAAGGCAGCAUGGAGCCAGGAGUGAUUUAUCCUCUGUCAGACUCCCCCUCUGUGAAGAUGUCCCAGUCUUCUCCAGCUGAUGAAGGAACGACGUUUGAACAUCUCUGGAGCACACUGGAACCAGACAGCACCUAUUUUGAUCUCCCUCCAUCCAGUCAUUCAGGAAGCAGCGAAGUGUCUAACCAAACUGAGGUGACAAUGGAUGUCUUCCAGAUGAGGAGUAUGAAUGAAUCAGUCAUGUCCCAGUUUAAUUUGCUGAACAGCAGCAUGGAUCAGAGCAUCGGCAGCAGAGCAGCUUCCACCAGCCCUUACAACUCUGAGCACCCCUCCAAUGUUCCAACGCAUUCUCCCUACUCGCAGCCCAGCUCUACCUUUGAUGCCAUGUCCCCAGCUCCUGUCAUCCCCUCCAACGCUGACUACCCUGGGCCCCACCACUUUGAGGUGACUUUCCAGCAAUCCAGCACAGCCAAAUCUGCCACUUGGACAUACUCACCGCUGCUGAAGAAGCUCUACUGUCAGAUCGCCAAGACAUGCCCCAUCCAGAUCAAAGUGUCCACGCCGCCCCCGCCAGGCACUGUCAUCCGGGCCAUGCCCGUCUACAAGAAGGCAGAGCAUGUGACAGAGGUGGUGAAGCGCUGCCCCAACCAUGAGCUGGGACGCGACUUUAAUGAUGGCCAGUCCGCUCCAGCCAGCCACUUGAUUCGGGUGGAAGGCAACAAUCUCUCUCAGUACGUGGACGACCCUGUCACAGGAAGGCAGAGUGUAAUGGUGCCAUAUGAGCCACCACAGGUUGGGACUGAGUUCACCACCAUUCUGUACAAUUUCAUGUGCAACAGCAGCUGUGUGGGAGGGAUGAACAGGCGACCCAUCCUCAUCAUUAUAACCCUGGAGACAAGAGAUGGCCAGGUACUGGGGAGAAGAUCGUUUGAAGGGCGGAUCUGCGCCUGUCCUGGUCGAGAUCGGAAAGCCGAUGAAGAUCAUUACCGAGAGCAACAAGCCCUGAACGAAAAUGCAGCUAAAAAUGGCAACAUCAACAAGCGCACUUUCAAACAGAGCCCCCAGGGGAUUCCAGCACUAGGGGCUGGCGUCAAGAAAAGGCGACAUGGGGAAGAGGAAAUGUAUUAUGUCCCAGUUCGUGGCCGGGAGAACUUUGAGAUCCUCAUGAAGAUAAAGGAAAGUCUAGAGCUCGUGGAGUUAGUCCCGCAGCAGCUAGUGGACUCCUAUCGGCAACAGCAGCAGCAGCUCCUGCAGAGGCAGAGUCACCUGCAGUCCCCUUCCUCCUACGGGCCCGUCCUUUCACCAAUGAACAAAGUACAUGGAGGAGGGAUCAAUAAACUGCCGUCUGUCAACCAGCUGGUGGGGCAGCCACCGCAGCACAACUCCAGCUCCGGGCCCAACCUGGGCCCAAUGGGACCUGGAAUGUUGAACAGCCACCCCAUGCAAUCCAAUGGAGACAUGAACGGAGGCCACUCCUCCCAGUCCAUGGUCUCAGGUUCACACUGCACUCCUCCUCCACCCUACAACCCUGACCCCAGCCUCGUCAGUUUUUUAACAGGCUUGGGGUGUCCAAACUGCAUCGACUAUUUCACCUCACAAGGGUUACAGAAUAUUUACCACCUGCAGAAUCUAACCAUAGAGGAUCUCGGAGCACUGAAGAUCCCAGAACAGUACAGGAUGAUUAUCUGGAGAGGCCUUCAGGAACUCAAACAGAGCCAUGACUAUGGAGCCCAGCAGCUUAUCCGCUCCAGCAGCAAUGCCUCCACCAUUUCCAUUGGCAGUUCUGGGGAGCUGCAACGGCAGCGCGUUAUGGAGGCGGUGCAUUUCCGUGUGCGUCACACCAUCACUAUCCCUAACCGCAGCGGGGCUGAUGAGUGGGCAGACUUUGGCUUUGACCUCCCGGACUGCAAAUCCCGCAAACAGUCCAUAAAAGAAGAGUUCACAGAGGGUGAGAUCAACUGAAGGUCUCCAGCAGUGGGCAGCAAGAGUCCAGACACAGAGAUUUAAAGGAAUAGGGAAAAAUAUAGAAUCCCAGCAUGAAAAAUGGCAAAACAUUUCCAGCUUUGAGUGUCUGGAGAAAUAUUUUUUUAACAUGGCUUUACUCAAGACAUGGGAACUCAAGAGCUGUGUGAGGACAUGGGUCUGGGACAUUCCCCAGGAGGAAAAUUCCAAUGGUUUUAUGACAGGGGUCAAGGGGAGGAAAAAGGGCAGCUGACAAAUCUCUCAAUGGGCUGUAGAGUUUUUUUUUAGCCUUGUGUGGCAGGGGAAUAUUCACUUGCCAAUGUACAGUGCAACUUUACAAUUUGCUGGACCAUUUUUACAUCAAACUCUAUUGCAAUGUAAAAGCAAAACACACACAUUUGUCUCUGAUUCACUCUAGCCUGCCCCACAUUCCACCUAUCCUUGCUCUGUCUGCUAAGGGAUGGCUGAAUAAUAAAGACCUUGUCUUGUGAAAAAGUGGUUUAACUCUCAACUGUUCCACUUUCUUUAGGGAUAUCUGCCAUUGACUGAUACCCACGAACAAAAGGACUUGCGUUCCUGAUGGACUGCCAAAAAGUAUUUGUUUCUUUUGUUUUUUUGUAGAGCAGAAAAGCAAUUUAUUUGCUGAUUCCAGACUCUGUGCAUGUAUCUAAUUAUUUGUGUAUAUAGACACAUGCUGUAUAUACAGUAUAUUCACCGUGCUGUAAGGAUAGAGAGAUUUAUUUUCAUGUACCUUUAUGCUAUAAAAAUAUUGAUAAUUUCCCCUAAAUAGGACACUACUGUGUCAUAAUUAAAUUAACUUCAUGCUCUAGCAUGUAAACAUACAAAAACCUGAUACAUUUCAAGCCUUACUUGUAAAAAAAUUCAUUUUUUCCCAUGUGGAUUUUUAAUACAAUUCUGGAGAGACAAGUCCAUGGACCCCACUGUUAAGAAUUAGAGGAUUCCAUAUAAUUAAUUACAAUUAUUCACCCAAAUCUUGCUCAAAGUUCCUGAUAUUGCCAGAACUCAGUCUUUUUGUAGAACACCGUUAAUUUUGUCUUAACCAUUAACCUGUAUGUGUUAAAAAAACAAACAAACAUUGGCUUUCCCAGACUGUUGAUAAUCAUCCCCAUCUGGUCAAAUGGUUAGAAAUGGUUUCUUCCUUCCCUACAGUUCCUGUGGAUAGCUGUUUUGUUAAUUUUCCUCAAGCCUUUUGUUUGUCUGCUGAUUGAACUGAAAAACUCAGCAGGAAAGUCAAGCAUGCAGAUGUAUUCAUCUCCAUGACUUGUGCAAGCCAGCUGGAAACUCUCUGGGUAAGAUUCUGUGAGACACCUCUAAGAGGUACAGCACAGAACUCACAGUUCAGGCAGAGAAGGGGCUAUGGCAGCUUUAAGCCAACUUUGUGCCCUCCCAGUCCUGGGCUACUGUACAGCCCCAUAGUUUGGACAGCCCUGCAGACCUAAAUUAUAGCAGCUUGGGGCUUUCAUACUGUGUGGAAUCUCCACAACACUGCAGUCCUGCCUUUGGCAUACUCCCUACACUGGGGCUUGCAAGGGGGUCCUUGAAAGGAGCCUUAUGGCUAUAUUCCACUGUGCUUGCACUGGGGGAUUCCUCCCCUGGCCUGAUGUGAAAUUUUUAGAGUUCCUUUAUGCUGCUCAGGGCCUUUUACCGGGCAUAAAGGGGCCAGAGGUAGGAUUUCAUCUCUGAGCAAGUACAGUGUUCACCUCAUAAGAUCUACCUUCUCCUCUCAAGCAGGAUGGUCACUGUCCUCAGUCUUAGCAGAGGGAGUGCCGCAGAAAAACUGAGCUGUACCUCGGCAAGUGCCAGCACAGUAGCACAAGUGUACUUGUCCCUUCCCACUUCUACGCAGAUUCCCCAUUCUCCGCUGGCAGCUCAGGAGCUUGGGAAGGCAGGAAACCACUGCUCUGCUCCUUGUGAUUACCAGCUCAGUUUCCACUGGCUUUUACCCCAGUUCACCGACGUAAGUGGGUGGAAGCAGCCAGCCCACCAUAUCUGAAAGCUGUACACUUGUGCACACUGUACUCUUUAGGGAUUAGCACUUCAGGGUGUUGCUGAGCUGUGAACAUGCGCUUUCUAAGUAGUGACAAAUUAAAGCACUUUAAUGCUUUAAGAUUUUUAAAAUAAUCAUUCAUGUUUUCAAUGUUAACUAAUGCUUUUUCCAGCAGUAUUACUGGAUAUAUUCCAACCCUAUUAAUUGUAUUUUUUGUAAUGUUAUCUUUUGGAAAAUGUGUUAUUUUUAUAGCUGUGGUUUGUUUUCGUUUUUUUUGUAACACAAUAAAACAGAUGUCUGAAAGACAGUGGCUCUGAUAGAAAAGCAACUCCUGACUAGAUGGCCCAGGAGGUGAUCUGAUAGUACUAAUGUCCUGACUUGGAGAAUUACCUUCUGCCUUUCAGAACUGGCCUGAAGUUUGAGCAGGAAAUGUGAAGCUCAGUGAGUAGUGUGAAGUUAAAAAUAAGCAAAGGACAAAAGUUCUUACCUAAGCCAAAGUAAAAUUAAGAUAGGCUUUGAGUGCACUGAGCAAAUUGCUUGCAGGAUCCCAUAUCAUUCAAAACAAGACAUGGCCUUCAUCUGUGACUGGGGCGCAGCUGUGAAUGAAUCUUCGUCAGUGCGUACAAAAAGCCUACCUCAUUUCUAAAAGCUUUUAGCACAAUGCUGCUACUUUCUGCAACAUAUAAGCAGAGACAAUCUGAGAUCAUACUUAAGGAUGUUACAUUUUGGAAAGUUUUAGAAGAACUAUGGCUGAAUCAAACAUUCACAUCAAAAAGAAAAAACCCCAAGAAAAACCAUUUGCUUUCAUUUAAUAAGUGGCUAUCUUGGUUUAAUGGAAUUUGGGGGAGAGGGUUAUAUAUAAACUAUCUUUCAAUAAAUGGCCAGAAAAUAUACCACAAAUCUGACAGUAACGUUUAUCAUUAAUACACAGCUUUCUUUGGGUUUCAAAAAAAAUGACACUGUUAAAAAACCAUUUCCACAAGAGAACUGUGUUUAGUUAUAAAUAUCACAGCUAUUUCUAGUUUUAGUAAUAUAUAUAUAAGAAUUGAAAAUUGAC